CUUUGGGGCUAACUUCGGGUGUAUUUAUGUACGACAGCUGUUUAGGUUAGUUUUGAAAUUUUGCUUCAAAAUUCUUUGUAAUUCUACAAAAUAUGGACAUAAAUUCCCAAGACCAAAUCGACCUGUACAUUAGAGGAUAUGCAUCAUUCAAUCAUGACGUCGUUUUAUUUGAUUUUGGCGAAGUUAUCGCGAUGAAAAAUUACAAAGAAAAUGAUAAAGUAAGAGUAGUGUCUGGAGGCUCUUCCUGCCACACCGAGUAUGUAGGGGCUGGGAUGUUAACGGCUGCAGUUCAAGGAAAGGGUACAGAUCCUCCUACCCCAAGUGUGGUUUUAAGAACUUUGAGGGAACUCAGUGUUAACCACGUCAAAGGGAUUCUUGUUACAGUUCAAGCAACCUCUACAGAUUUAUUGAACUUUGGCCUGGCAGUAGAGCGUGCUGAAAAUGAUGAUUUGCAUGUAGCCCUUUUAGGCGUAUCCGAUGACUGUCGCAACAACAUAUACCCCAGAAGUGGAAGGAGAGGCUUAACUGGUAUUGUUCUAGUCAAUAAAAUUGCUGGAGCCCUGGCAGUGAGAAAUAAGUCUAUGACAGAAAUAUAUAGUUACUGUUCUAAAGUGAAUGAGCACAUUAUUAGCAUUGGAACGAAUAUAAAGAAAAUGUUAAUAUCCUCGAGGGAUUGCCUAUAUUGCGACAAAUGUGCCACUGACUUGGAUAGUGGAGGACGACGAAAAACGAGCUUAAAGAAAUUGUCAAUAAUGGAUAUUUUAGAUGAAACAGUGCAACAUUUACUACUGGAAAUUAGCUCAAAUAAAACGCUAAAUUUAGUAUCAGGAGAAAGUGUAGUGGUGUUAGUGAACAAUUUGGGAGCUUUAGGUCAACAUGAAGAGUACAUAUUUUUUAGACAUUCACUAAAGUUUCUAAGUGGUCUGGAAUUGCAAGUGGUUCGAUUUUAUAUAGGGACUUAUUUACAUUUGAAGUGCGAUGUGGACUUAACGGUGACUAUUUUGAAAGUGUUUGAUAAGGAUCUGGUAGAUCUUUUGGAUGACCCAUGUGCUGCCACAGGAUGGAAGCCGGUUUUUCAAAGGGAAACCAUUUCUAUAUCCGAGAAUAUAAUCCCUGGCAGCUUAAGGAAAAAGUGUAGACUGUCACCACCAGUUAAGGGGCCCAAACUACAAGACCGAGCGGCUAAUAUUUUGCAACUUUGUCUUCAGUUUGCUUGUGAUGCUUUAAUAUCAUGCGAAAAAAUGCUGAAUAAGAUGGAUAGCGAACAAGGUGACGGCGAUACUGGCACCAGGUUGCGAGUUAUGGCAGAAGUUUUAAACAAAAGAGCAUGCAACAACAAGCUAAACGCCGUCUACCCAUUUACAUUUUUCCUUUCCUUGAGUAAAUUGUUGGAGAAAUCAAUUGGAGGCACCAUGGGUUGUCUGUAUUCAAUUAUUUUCGAGGCUGCAGCAAAAACAUUUGGACAGUAUUCGGAAGAAGACAACGUGCAAGCGGAAAUGUGGCUGAAAGCAUUAGAAAAUGCCAGUUUAGCCAUAAAGAAGUAUGGCAACGUGGAUAUAGGAGACAAAACCAUGUACGAUCCAUUAGAGGCUUGUGCAGUAUUAGUUAGGAAGAACUCAGCAAACGGGCAAUAUAUUUAUGCAUUUGAAACUGGUGUAGCUAAAGCAGAAGAAGUAGCGCAAAGCACCAGACAGCAGGGAUCCAAAUAUCCGAACCCUGGGGCCCAUGCGGUUGGGAUUUGGUUGCGAGCAGUUUGUGAAGCUGUGAAAUUGAGAUGCAUGGAUUGAAAUCGGCAAUAUUUUGCUCUUAAAACGUAAAGGAGUUGUAGCUGUAUUCCUUCGCAACGCAAAGUGGACUUGUGCAUUAACACAUUGCUCAAGGUCCCGAGUGAUAUUAGAAAAUCUAAGGAAAAAUACCAAUUAUUUUAGCAAGUAAACUAUUUAUUUAUUUUACACAACAGAAUUGCCAAAUUAUUUAGUACAAAUACAGUAUUAAUUUAUUGAUAUUAA